UGUAUAUAUACAUAUAGUAGACUACCAAAUACCAAUCUCUCUCUCUCUCUCUCAAAAUGGGGAGAGCACCGUGCUGUCAGAAAGUGGGGUUGAAGAAGGGGCGGUGGACGGCGGAGGAAGACCAGCUUUUGAUUGAUUACAUCCAUGCUAAUGGUGAAGGCUCCUGGAGGUGUUUGCCCAAGAAUGCUGGUUUAUUGAGAUGUGGGAAGAGUUGCAGGCUGAGAUGGAUUAAUUAUCUGAGAGAAGGGUUGAAGAGGGGCAACAUAUCUGCUCAAGAGGAAGACCUGAUUGUCAAGCUGCAUGCAUCCCUGGGGAACAGGUGGUCCAUGAUAGCCAGCCAGCUGCCAGGAAGAACAGACAACGAAAUAAAGAACUACUGGAAUUCCCAUCUCAGUAGAAAAUUUUACAGCUUCAGAAAGCCCAAUUUAUCCUCUGAAGCACCCCCAAAAUCAAAUUCAGCUGAGCAUUUGAUCCAGCGGCGGCCCGGCAGAGGCAGAGCCGCCGCGAAGAAGGCCCACGCCGGCGGCCACCCAGUGUCAGCGAGGAAGGAGGCAAAGGAAAGUGAGGGAGACGGCGUCGUUUUGGAUCCAGCAGGUGCAGCAGAGGCAGAGGGACUGUUUGGACCAUGUGGGGCGGACCCUGCAAGUGAUGAGGAGAGGGGAGAUGGUCAUGUCAUGGUUGAUUAUCAGAUGGGGUCAAGUGGUAUUGAAUCUAUUGAUAGUUGGCUUUGCGGGUGUUCUUCUCCUUCAGCGGCUUUGGAUUUUGAGGGAGGGAGGGUCGGGAAUUGGGAGUGGGAAGAUGGUGAGGAGGAGAUCAUGCUGUCUUGGCUGUGGGAGAGUGGAAAUGAGGAAUGGGAUUGUCAUGUAUGAAGGAUAUGCAGAAGGGUACUAGUGAUUUCCCUUGGAUGCAUUUUUAUUAGUCAAGUUAGAAACUUUCAU